GCAUUGUUAGAACGUCGAGUAAUGCGGAACUUUUGGCUGUACACCGGACUCUGUUGCACGUUCGCCCACUGGCUGCGUUAUGCAUCUGUCGACAAGCUUGCGUCUACAACUUCUCGUAUCUAAAAUCGCCAUCCACGGCCCGCGAUGAGCUAGUCUGACUACUACGUGUAAUGGCGAAACACGAGCUCGCACAGCAUACCAUGCAAUUGAUGCAAACCGUCAACAAAUUUCAUGAUACAGCCAAGCGCAACUGAUUCACGUUUGUGAAAUAGUCAAGUGCAUGAUUACCGAGAGCUAUAACUUUUUUGAUUUUUUCUAGGCUUGUCAAAGCGGUAUCGCAAUUUAAAUAAUAAUAUUAAAAUUGUAACCUUCCGCUCUAUUGCUGCCAUGGAGUCAACUGCUAACGCGCCGUCCUCGGCAGUCGCUCCGCGUGUGGCACCCUUCCAGAUCGCUGUCAAUGGCGACAGCGAAGCACAUUCUAUAGGUCGAGCAUGGCGGCUGUGUAAGAUAGCGAAGCAGUACGGAAACGGUGUCUUGGACGUCGUGCACGGCAGAACCAGAGAGCUGCUCAAGAAGCCCGACGUCAACGAAACUCUGCGCUACGUUGGCAAUGAUGUCAUUCUGCCAGUGAAAGGCUGCCGUCGACGAUGUCCUGCAUUUCCUGGUCGGUAUUGGAAGAGUUUUUCCUGUAGACCGUUGUCAGAUGAUGCUAAAAUCUGUCGUGACCGUGCUAUAUUCAUCGCACCAUACAUCGGGUGGAUGAUCCUUCACGCCGCGUUGGCCACUUGGAUUUUCCUCAUGAUAACAACUGCCUGUCACGAAGACGGAAGCGGAAGUCUGAGCUUUAACAACGCAACCGUUGCAAUCCCCAAAGAAUAUUUCUCCGUAGAGCAGUGGAUCGGGGCUGCUAACAACGAUUCGGCAAGAUACGACUGGAACGCUGUAUCUGUUAACGACACCAAGGACACUGCCUUGCGGAAGUUGUGCUUUACGAUUCACUGCGGGCUUGAUUUAGAUUCCGAUACGGUUAGAUACAUAUGCACCUGCCCGCGAUCAAAGGUUAAAGGAUGGUUGUGGGGAACAUCAGCAUAUGCAAACGCCGUUUGGGGUUUAUGGAUGGUGUUGGCUCAGGUUGUUGGAAUGAUUGGCAUGUUUGGCAUGCUUGGCUUCCUCAAGAUUUCCUUUUGUAGUAGGCGCUGUGACGGUUGUGUAUUAGUUUUGCCUGUGAUACUAUUUACGUUAUUGUAUGGUUGUGGUUUGUUAGAUUCUCUUGUUAACUUUUUCUAUGUAGUAGCGGCUGUCGCUCGUGUAGCGCCUAUCUUUUACGGCCUGUUGAGCUAAUCCUAGCCGAACAUUCCUGCACCCUGCUAUCCUCACUCUCUCCGCUCACUUAAACCAUGGGGUCCCAUAAGCAGCUAACAAUAAGAAGUGGCUUCAUCGUU